UUUUCCUUAAACCUUUCCUUUAUCAUAUUCAAAUAUUUCCAACUCACAUUUGCCUCUCUUUGUUUCUAAAUAACCUACAUUCAAAUAAUUCCCUCAUAACAUUUGCCAUUCCUUUAUCAACUCGUAUACUUAAUUCCCGCCUGUUUUUACCCCUAUAAAUACUCAUUGCCUAUUCCAGUUUUUUAUAUUAAAUUGAACUUAAAAUUAAAUCCGUUGUAAAACUAAUUAUUUAUUAUUAUUUUAGAUUAUUUUUAUUAAAGCAAUUUAUUGUAUUUCAUGCACUUGCAAAGAACACCGCAAACAGGCUCAAGGCCUGCUUUCAACCAUUCUCGUAUUGAUGGAAAUCGGCUUAGCACUAUAGGAGGUGGGCGGAUCAGUUUGGCUCCCGAUGCUCGAUACAGCAUAGCUUCAGGAGCGCCAUCUAAUUUUAGACCAAGUGCUUUCCCUGGUACCGGAGCAAGACGGCUCAUUAAUAUUCCGAGAGCUACCAAAAUACCGGAUUCUCGAAAUUUGCGUGAUAAGGAAGUUCAAUAUGAUAUGAUCAGAAAAAUAGUUUCUUUUCUUGAAGAUUGUAUCCAACCUUCUCCAUCGUUUAAAUUUGAUGACCGUGACUUUUUACGCGUCCCGAACAGGAAUAAUUUUAAAGAGGUCUUCGAGUUUCUUUUCCGUUGUUUCCAGCCAAAUUUCGCAAGCAUUCCAAACCCAAAAUUUAAUGAAGAGGUUGUCAAAUUAUUGAACGGACUCGGUUAUCCUUACAAUCUAAAAAACAGUACAAUGCAAACAAUGACGACUCCUUCAAUGUGGCCUACAAUGCUGGCUGUUUUGGAGUGGCUAGUCAAUUUUGUUGAGGUAAAUUUAUUUAAGCGGCUUGUGUCAUUUUGGUCGCGAUAUUUCGAGCGUGCGCUUUUAAGUAUUUUGUCACUCGAACAAACACUUCAUGAUGAUAUGCGUGUUGGCGAUCAAGAAAAAUGGCAAUUGUACGUGUCGUGUUAUAAGAAAAAAUUGGAGAUGAGGGCAGCCUCUGCACCUUCUGUUAAAUUUGACCAUGAUAUUUUUGCGGCGGAAUUUGAAACUUAUCGGAAUUCGAAACUUGGAAUUGAUGGUGAUGAGUCUUUUGACGAGCUCCGAAGUAGGCGUAUUGCUUUUGGUGAAGAAUUGGAAAGAAUUCGGAUGCUUAUUGCCAAAGAAGAAGAAGGAAUCUUGGAAUUUAAAAGGAAUAUUGCGGUCAAUGUUGAUGACAUUAAAACUAUGGAAAAAUAUUUGGAAGAAUUAUGUGAAGUAAUUGCUUUGAACACAAAUAUGAUAGCCACGUGCGAACAAAAUUGUGAAAUACUUGUCGAGAAGAAUCAGAAAUUGGAAGAAAAACGUUUGGCGAAAGAAGAACAAAUUGCAAAUCAAGCGAUUAGUGGAGAGGAAGCUCGAGAAAUGAUUGCAAAACGACAAAUGUUACAAGAAGGGAUUUCUACAUUGAACAAUUGUUUGUCUGUGGAUGAUAAAAAAUUGUGUGAACUUCAACCACAAUUAUAUAAACAUAAUUCCAAGGUUUGUGCAAAUUUUAAAUCUUUUGUUGGUCGCCUUUUUGAUUUGUGCAAAUCGUUCAAUAUUUCAGAAGAACUUCAGCAACAAAUGAAAGAAUAUUCGUUUUUAGAAUCUGUUAAUGACUUUAAAAAAGCAUCUGUGGAAAAUAAAUUUACCCAAUUAAUUGAAAAUUUGAAAGAAAAAGCUGAAAUGAGAAAGAAUGCCUAUCUUCGGUCUAUUGAGGAAUCAAAUAAAAGGAAGAAUGAUUUACUUAAAGAAUUGGAUAGUUUGAAGUCUUCUCUUGAUAGGUGUUUGGAAGGUCAAGAAUUGGAAAAUGAACGUUUUAAACGAGAACUUAAUGAUGAAUCUCGUCCAAUUCGUACAGCAAAACAUAACCUGGAUAUUGCAAAACAAAAACAUCAAGGUACUUCGGCCGAUAUGAAUAAAUAUAAUGGAAUAUUAAAUUCAAUUGGAGAAGAAUUGGCAGACAAACACAAAAAAUAUAUUCAAUAUAAAAAAUCUCUUGAUGAGAUCUAUGAGGAAUUCCAGACAGUGACUAUGAACAAUAUGACUAAACUUUGUACUCGUUUUGAGCAACAACAUAAACAGAAAAUUCGUUUAAAUGAAUUGGGGGAAAUUUUAUUAAAAGAAAAUAAAGAAAUGAUUGAAAAGUUGGAUUCUGAGGAAAAGGAUGAUGAUAAGAUGCAAGAGUAA